AUGAAUUUGCCAGAAAAAUUCCCUUUAAACAUGUUACCUCAGGUAUUAGAUUGCAUUUCCAACUACAAUAAGCAAACUUUGUUGGAAUUCAAUAAGAAACUCGCUUCUGAAGAAAAAAAAUUAUCAAAAGAGGACAUUAAAACAUUUAAUCAAAACAUUAUCGAUAAAAUUCUUAAUUCUCAAGCAGCCAAAGAUAUUGGUAAUGGACUUUUGUUCCUAAUUCCAUGCAGUCGACUCCCUGUCAAACAAAUCUACGAAGCAGUAUUUAAAAUACAAACUUACAACAAAAAAGUUCGUAUUGAAAAGACAAUUAAACAUCUUCGAAAGCUAUUCAACCAAGAAAACAGUUGUUUAAAUGCAUUCGGCUCAUUUUUCACUCCAGAUCGUUGCAGUUACAUUCAUUUCCUUAUCAUGGCUCAUAUUUUCAAUAACGCGAGCAAAGAUACUAAAAAGAAUGUGAUGGCAACGUUUAUUUCUCUUGCACCAAAUUUUGAUAAGAAUGCAUUGACGCAUUUAACUCCAUUUAUAUCAUCAAUUAAUCAGAGUAUGUUUUUUCAAUUCGUUAGGCCAUAUUUGGACUCAAUGAUGCUUAGAUCUGCCGAAACUAUUGUACAAUUCAUUCCUGACUUCAUCUUACCGCUACAAUUCUCGAUCAACUACUUCCCAAAGAGGACAUACUCCAACUUUAUCGAAACAUUAUCAAAAUUAUGCGAAUCGCAAAACCAAAAUUUGGCUCUUUUAAGCCAAACUACGCUUUCUAAGAUAGCUAAGAAUAUUUCUCCGAAAUGUAUUUUACUAAAUUCGAAGUCAAUUGUCGCUUUCUACUCUCAUAUCGAUCCUUAUCCAAUAUCGAUCUCAUUAGCAUUACAAAUCCUCAACUCUAAGCAAUAUUCACCUUCAGCACGAAUAGAAAUCAAGUACUUCCUCAAAAGAGCUAUCGAAAUCUCAUCAGAAUUCUUUGAUAUCGACGAUUUUAUAAAUAAUGUCGUAAUUCCAGAAAAAGACUACUCAUUGCUUUAUUUAAUAGCAGAUAAAAGCAAAAACCAUGACAAUAUAUUGAAUUUCAUUAAAAAUAUUAACGAUCCUUACAUAAAAGUCCUCAAAUUGAAAUAUAACAACGAAUUACCAUCAGAAAAUGACAUUUCAGCACUUCUUACUCCGAAAUUACUCAAAGAAAUGAACAAAAUCGAUAUAAAUUUCCUUGAUGUCAUUUUUGGACUUACUUACAAGAUUUAUCCAGAAACAAUCGCUAGAGGAUUGAUUUCUGCAUUAAAUCUGACUAAUUUCCAGUCUCAAAUCUUUGAUUGCAUCAAAAAAUAUUUGAAUGAAUAUAAUUCUACGUUUGUUAAUGCAAUUCUUGCUGCUUUCAGGAUUAGAACGCCAUCAGAUUUAUUAAAACUUGAUAUUAACCCUUAUUACUUUGAUAAAUUGACCUUAAAUCAGAAAACAAUGUUAUUAAUCGCUGGAUACAACUUGGAAGAUGAUGAUCCCGAACUAGUUCAGAGUAUCAUCAACACAAAUGAUGGAGAAUGGGGUAAACAAACAAUAAAUGUCUUGAUAAAAUUGGCAAGUCGACCAAAAUGCCACGUAGAGAUUGUUAAAUGGCUAAACAAUCAGAACAUUUCACCAGAAUACGUGAAUCUCUACAUAAUGAUCAUAAAAUCGUUCAAUUUGGAGUCGGAUAGAGAAUUAAUCGAAAAAAUCUUUUUGAAGAACAAAGGAGAAAAUACAGGAGAGAACUUCUUAAGAGGUAUACUCGAAAACAUACCACGAUACAAGAAUUCCUCCGUAAUUAUCUCAAAAGCCCUUUCAAAUCUCGAUAGAAUUGAAAUGAUGAACAGGAGAAUCCUCAAUUCAAGUAUUCCUCAGUCCAGGAAUAUGAACGAAUUCGAUUUCAUCCUUUUCCUUCCAUUUAUGAAACAUUUAUUAUCAGAAAAUGACUAUAUUUCAAGAAAUGCGGCCAGAAUACUUGCAGAAUUCUCAUAUAUACAGUUUGACCAUCACGAAUACUUCAAUUAUGUGGUUAAAUAUGUUGAUAAUGCUUUGAUCGUAGAUUAUAUCGUUAUGUCAAAGCUUGAUGAGCAAACAUGCAACCAGGUAGCACAUGUUCUUGUCAAAUCCAAGGAAUUAUCAAAGAUUGCCCUUGAAAAAUUUGAAGAAGAUGACAGAUUUAAGAAUUCUCUUCCAGUUUGCGUAUUAACUAUGCAUGAAUUGUAUUCUUCAUCUCUUCCACCCUUCAAAGACUAUCUUUCUAUAAUGGUUGGCUACAAAUUAGAAACAGAUACAGAAACUUGCCCGGCAAUCGCCUUAGCAAUCGAAAAAUCUCCUCAAUACCAGCCUAACUUUGAAGAAAACAUCAAACUCUUACUUAACAAUUCCAUUUUAUACCCUAAAAUUGUUCUUAAAAUUUUAUCUCACCUUACAAACCUCAAAAACAUGACCAACAGUAUCCUAGAAUGCGUUUUUGCCAUGAAAAAAGACGAUAUAGAUCCAAAGGACUUCAAUACAUUGAUGAUUCCAAAAGUUACUCAAAAAUAUCCGGACGAAAUCAUCAAUUAUUACUUCAAACAGCCCAAUUUCGAGCAUGUCCACAAAGAUACCUUCAAAUGCCUCAAGAAUGCAUUCAUGUCUUCCCAUACUUUACCAUUAAAUCUCCUUGAAAAACUUGAAAGGUACGUCAACUCAAGUUCAUCCGACCAAACAAUUUCUAUCGUCAUCGAAUGUAUGACAGUUUUACAAGUACAGAGUCCUAAGGCUAUCGAGCAGCAUGCCACACAUAUUAUAGGUACUCCUGAAGCAUACGAUACAUCUUUGGUCGCAUUGAACUUCCAUUUCGCGAAAUCCCAGAACAAAAUAAAUUUACUCAAAAAUUGGAUCACUUCACCUGUGAAAAAAGACAACCAAAAUGGUCUUGAAACAUUCAGAUACAUAUUCCUUAACGAGAGUGAGAAAGAGAACGCCAACUCUCUGUUGUUAGAACUAGUUAAAUACUGUGAUAGUUCUGAUAUUUCAAUUGUUAAUUCCGCAAAAAGUUGUUUGAUGACUGCGGCUUUGACACUUGGAAAUGACGCUUUAAGUCCAAUUGUUCCUUCUAUGAUGGAUCUCCUUGAAUCGAGUCUUCCUGAACGCGCGGAGCAAUCAAUUAUAGAUGUGUUGAUGGCCAUUGGAAACAACCACAAAAACUUGUUUUUAGUUCACAUUGACAAUGUUUUCAAAUUAAUUGCUGCAAAAGGAAAAACAAAGAAAAUUGAACCGUUUCUGAAUUUCCUGGAUGAAACAUUGUAUAACAGUGAAUACCCUCCUAUACUAAGAAUCACUUUCAACGCAUUGUUAAAAGGAGAAAACACCGUUGAAAUACUCAACAGAAUACUUGAAAACAUCGAUGAAAUUAAUAAAUUCGAUGAACUUGCUGUCACUUUUUGUCAUUUAAUCUCGAAUUGUCUUGUUUAUAAUGACAUGAAUAUUAAGAUCAAGACAUACCAGAUUUUGUCAUUAUUGAAUCUACAUGACGAAGAACUGUUGAAUGUCAUUGAUAGAUUCGUUGCAAUUCGAAAUGACCAAUAUCGAAAUCAAAUUUUCGAACAUUUCAAAGUUUUCGCGUCCAGAUUGAAUUUGGAGAUGAAAGAAUACGUGUACAACCAGAUCUGGAAGUUCGCACAAGAGUACAAGACAUCAGGAUCGAAUGGAACAAGUCUUUGGCUCAGUUGCAUCAUAUCAGAACUCAAUGACACAUCGAAAUUGGAAAUUUUGUUGAAUACUUUGAAUAAUCCAAAUAUAAAUUCAAGUUUACAAGAAAUAUUAUUAGGAACAUUGGACAAAUUAUAUGAUUUGAAGCCGAGUUUGCUCCAGAACUACAAUAUCUCCAUAGAGAAGACAGUCAUUAAACAAGUUGCAUCUGAAUUAUUACUCAAAUCAAUCAUGAAAAAGAUUUCAGAGCAAUUAAAUGAUGUAAAUAAAUCAGAAUUUGUUAUGAAUGUCAUAAAUGAAUUGACAAACAAAAGACAGACGACGAGAGACAUGUGUUUGUCAAUUCUUUAUGAUCUUAAACAUAACUACAACAUGCUAAGUCUUUCUGUACUUGAAAAAGAUAUUUAUUUCGCUUUGUGCGCUGCAAUAAACAUCUUCCAUUUCUCAAACGAUGAAAAUGCAAAGAAAUUGUAUUCUUUCAUCGACAAAAACAUCUUCAAAGACUUGUAUAGAACCAAUUUCGACUUGUACUUGGGUAACUACUUAAAUGUAAGUGAAUUAGAACCCUUAGUUCUUCCUGUUCUCAUCAAAAUCUUCAAUGAAGCUUUGAAGAAAUACACUUACAAUUCAGUAGAUACAAAAGAAAUUGUCGAUUCUUGGAAGAACGUGCCUAACUUUGAAGAACAAUUAAAGAGAAUUGUUAAGUCAAAAAAACUUACAUCAUAUGGUCUUAACAUCUUAAUAACAUCAAUUAAUAAUGUCAAUUGUAUUGAGGAAGAUAAAACUCUUGUGUCUGAAGUUUCUGGGUCAAAUUACAGUCCAAGAAUUCCUUUAUCUACUGACACGAUUAAUUUGAUAUGUAACAAAUUAAUGGAUGUGCCUCCAGGAUCUCAAGAUGCUGAGAAUAUCUCAGGUGUUUUGUUCUUGUAUCCGUUCUUAAUGGCUUAUCAUAAAAAUAAUGAACAAAUCGAAAAAUCAGUUUUCCUUAAAUUGGCCGAACAAAACGGUUUGAGAUCAAGUUAUUAUGAACGAACGAAAACACCUCAAGAGUCGUAUAUACAUACAUUCGGAUCCGGCUCAUCCAAACCUAUAAAGAGCCAGUCAACAUUGCGUUUAGGAGUGUUCACAAAAAGCUACAAAAAUGCUUUCAUAAGAAUUGGAACUUUAUUCGGCGGCCGCGAGAUCAGAAAUUUCCCUCCAACAGAGCCAUUGAUGGUAGACAUGUUACUUUAUAUGAGCAAGUACAACUCUAAGUUCUUUGUCAACCAGACAGCUCCUUUCGAGUUCCAUUCCAGACUGUUAUCUCUCAUGUUUUCCACACAAGCUGAUUUAUACACAAAUUGCAUGAAAAUUGUUUACGAAGUUUUGACGAAUUUGACAGAGUUCAAAGACAAAAUCACGUACAUUGAAACGAUGACUAAGUUCUUUACUACACAGAAAGUUACAUCAUCAACAAAACUGAUCAAAGACGAGAUCAUUUUCUACAUAAUCAAAGAAAUAUUCCCUAAUAUAGAAACAUGUGACAAAAUGGUGAAUUUCUUAACAGCUGCUUUUCCUUUCAUCAAUGAAUCAGUUAAAGAACAAUGCGCAACAACAAUUGUCACUAAAUUCCUUGUCGCCAUCAAUACAUCAACUAUUUUGAACAUUCCUACAGCGAUUUCUUUGUUUUUCUCAUAUGUAGACAAAAGUUAUGGAACAGCAACUUUGAUAACUGUUUUAAGUAUCAUAAAAGAAAGCGAAGAUCCAAAUAUAAUGAGAUGUGAUUUGUUAAAUGUCGUUGAUAGAAUCAUAGAAAGUUAUGUGAAUGUUAAUUACGUGAUUUUGCUGUUGAGUCAGAACUUGAAUGAUAAGAUUUCCCAUUUAGUUCUUGAAGCAAUUUCUCAUGCACUAGGAACAUUGAAUACAGUAACUCUGCCUGAAGCAAUGCAAGGAUUUUUGGAUUUCUUAAAUAAUUUGUGGACAAAAGUGUCACCUUUUUACAAUAAUCCAAGAGAUUUAAACAAAGUUUAUGUAGCAAAAAUAGGAGCACAGAUUAUUAAUUUGUUGGAUAAUAAUGAUAAGUUUAAUAUUGUUAAUUUCUUGUUCGAGAAAAACAUUGAUAUUUCAGUUGUUUCCAUUUUUUAUUCUACAUUGAAAUCUCCAAAAAAUUUCAAGAACGACAAAGCUCUGGAAGCAGCCAAAAAGUCUAUGUUUGAUUACUCAAAGACUAUUGAAAUUCUACAGAUCUUGCAGUUCAUGACUGAUGUUAAAGUUAUCUCUAAUUUGGAUAGAAUGAUUUAUUUAGUCAAUGCUUUGUUUAAAGGAAGUUACGCAGUUCCAAUGAUGUGUUACGAUGAAUUGAAGAGAUUGGCUCCGGAAAUAAGACAGAUAAAGAUCGAGGAUUCUUCUGUUUUAGUGUCUGGAAUAUAUUUCGCAAUGAAGAGCUGCAAAGAUAUUCCAAUACAACUCUUGAGAAAAGCAAGAGAAACAAUAAGAGAAAUAUUGAUUGGUUCUUCUGAAGCUGAUGCACAAAAAGCGACAAAAUUCAGAGAAGAUUAUUUCGAAUGGAUAGGAAAAAGCGAUCAGAACAUUGUACAAGAUUUUAAGAGAGAAAUCUCUGAAAAAUAA